GGUUUUUAUUGUGAUCCAGGAUCGUUAGCUUCGUCGAAUCGGGCUUUUUGUCCAUAAUGACCGGAAAUUGUCAAAUUUGGACGUAACGGAAUCGAUCAGUUUGAUGAUGGCUGUAUCUCUCCCGGAAAUCAGCCCGUUGUAGUAAUCCGGCAAGUAUAAACUUAUCUUCUUGGAUCGUCGCUUUCAAAUUGUCUUCUCAAAACGACCAGCUUGUUCCUGUUCUUUUCAGCCUCGGUAGCACUCAAAAGCUUCCAAGAUGGCUUCUACAGCAGUUCUUGCGCUCCUGACAGCGACGCUACUCAUCGUCUCGUGCACGGCUCAAGCUCCGGUAGAAUCUCCGGCCGAAAGUCCAGAACAAGGGCCCGUCUUGCCAGUCUCUCCAGAGAGCGCUCCGGCGGAGCCCCCGGUUCCUUCUCCACAAAUCUUUGGCAUCCCACAGUCGCCGUCGCCGUCUCCGUCUCCAUCAGAACUCCCGCCGCCGUCUUCAGCUCCCGUCUUUCUGCCUCCAUCACCAUCACCACUUGAAGCUUUGUCUCCAACUGAAGCUUUGGUUCCAGCUCCAGCUCCAUCUCCAGCCUCCCCGCCACCUUUACGUGUUCCAACAAGCUUCUGCGCACGCUCGGUCCUCCGGAAGACAUGUCCGAAUCCUCCGACGUUCGACUACAUCCAGCUCCCGGACUACGCCGGCAAGUGGUACGAGAUUGGAGCCACCGCCACCUCCAAGCUGCUGCUCGAGGCCGGGACUAUCUGCAACCAGGCCGUGUACGCCGUCCCCAACACCUCGAGCUUCGCCCAAGCGCCAAACAUGUCCGUCACCAACGUCGGGCUUCACGUUGCCGGCCCGCUCACAUCUCUCGGCGUCCAGCAGGUUGCGGCCGCCGCUGGAAGCGCCUGCUCGGGCGCUCGAACCAUCUGCGACCGAGUCGCCAACGACAGCCACACCACCAGAGCAGCAGUGGAGCUCGCGUCCGUGGCCGCGGCCAUCGAGCAAGGGAACUUCGCCGCCGAGCUGCUGGAGCUCCAAGACCAGAUCUUCUCGGCCAUCGGAGAAAUGGAGGCGACGCUCGACCUCUUCUCGCCGUGCAUGGAGAGCAUCCAGCGUCUCGACGGCGACCUGAGCCAGGCGGAGAUCUUCGCCAACGCCACCACCCCGGAGCAGCGCAACGCGACGCUGCUGGCGCAGGGAGCCCGCCUCGAGGCUCUGGAUGGCCUCCUGGAUCAAGCCAACGCGCUGGUGGACUCGCUGCGUCAGUCGGUCCACAAGAUGACGCAGUGCACGCCCAAGAUCGUCAACAUCUCGGCGCAGCUCCUCUUCGUCGGGGACCUCGAGUCGAGCGUCCGGCUCACGUCGGCUUCCACGGACCUGAGCACCACCGGCGACGCCAUCCUCUCCCAGGUCCUGGCGAUGCGUCUCACGCUGAAAGGCAUCGCGGCGGCUCGCGGCCUCAUCGAUCUCGCCAUCAGCACCGCAUCGCCCAACACCACCGCGCCGAGCUUCGACACCUCUGCCGGCUUUGCCAUCCAGAACGUCACCUCUCCCGGCAAGCUCAAGCUCCAGCUCGCGCCAUCCAUCGCCGCGCCGGUGCCGCCACCCGCGGCUCCAUACUGGGUGCUAUCACUGCGAGGGCGGGCAAUGCAGGGAUACCGGGCCUCGCUGGUUUACUCGUGCUCGCAGAACAAGGUGACGGGAACGAUCCACCAGGGGAUGUUCAUCCUUUCCCGGACUCCCAGCCUUCCGCAGAAGAUCGUCGGUGAGCUGCUCCAGCUCUCGGCCGCUUUUGGCAUCAACAACGACUGUGACGAUCCGUUCCUCUACACUGUCCAUCACGGCAAGACGUGCGCCAUGCCACCCUCGGAGUGAGAAGAGAGGAUCGAUCUUUUUUAUUCCAUUUUCGUUGCUUGGAAAUGUCUGUCUGCUUGUAGCUAGAAACCCUGCUAAAAACGAUGCUCCCAGCUCUCUGUUUGCGCAAGCACAAAAAUAA